CUUCUGUGGUUAGGUCGUGAUGUCAUUCAGACUUUGCUAGAAAAUGGCGGAUGUGGCGUGAGUGAUUCAAGUGCUCUUACUCAGUCUUCCCUAAUAAUACAAGUACAAAAGUCGAAAUAGCUAUCGUUGAUUUUUGCUUGAGAAAGUCAAAAGAGUUAGAAGGAUGGAGCUGAGAGUUGGAGGCAAGUACAGACUGGGGAGAAAGAUUGGCAGUGGUUCAUUCGGGGACAUCUAUCUAGGUACCAACAUACAAACAAGGGCUGAGGUGGCUAUCAAGCUUGAGUGUGUAAAGACAAACCACCCACAGCUUCACAUAGAAGCCAAGUUCUACAAGAUGAUGCAGUCAGGAGUUGGUAUACCCUCCAUUAAGUGGUGUGGCACAGAGGGAGACUACAAUGUGCUAGUAAUGGAGCUACUCGGACCCAGCUUAGAAGAUCUCUUCAAUUUCUGUUCUCGGAAGUUCAGCUUGAAGACUGUUCUAUUAUUGGCUGACCAAUUGAUCAGCAGGAUUGAGUACAUCCAUUCCAAGAACUUCAUUCACCGAGACGUGAAGCCUGACAACUUUUUAAUGGGUUUGGGCAAGAAAGGAAAUCUGGUGUACAUAAUCGACUUUGGUCUGGCCAAGAAGUAUCGCGAUGCACGAACUCACCAGCACAUUCCUUACAGAGAAAACAAGAACCUCACUGGGACAGCCAGAUAUGCUUCUAUUAACACUCACUUAGGAAUUGAGCAAAGCCGGCGUGAUGACUUGGAGUCGCUUGGCUACAUGCUCAUGUACUUCAACCUGGGCAGUCUGCCCUGGCAAGGACUCAAGGCAGCCAACAAGAAACAGAAGUAUGAGAGAAUCAGUGAAAAGAAGAUAUCCACCCCGGUUGAAAUGCUCUGCAGAGGAUAUCCUAGUGAAUUUGCUACAUACUUAAACUUCUGCCGCUCCCUUAAGUUUGAGGACAAGCCUGACUAUGCGUACCUCCGACAGCUGUUCCGCAGUCUUUUUCACAAGCUGGGCUACACCUAUGACUACGUGUUCGACUGGAACACAGCCAGAUUGUCAAGCGGUGAUCAGAGUGCUAGUCAUGGGGUUGUUGCAGGAGCACUUCAGGGAUAUGCUGCACAUCAGGCUAUCACCCCAACAUCGAGACAGGCUAUAGCUGGGACUCCCAUCAGGAGCCACGGGAUAUCCUCUCUUCAGCAGCAGCCAUCCUCAGGAGCAAUUCCGAUGACCCGUACUCGUUCAAGGACUGACAAAGACAAGGAAUUGCCACCACACACUGGGGCUCAGCCUCACUGGUCCAUGGCUGGGGGUCAUGGCUCAGGGGCUGUAGGAGGCAUCGACUAUCAUCGCAGUGGUCAGACGAGACAAGGAUGUUGAUGUUCCUGCUGUCUUUGUUGAUUUCCUGGCAUAGUGCAAACCUUAUCCUGCUUUGGAUGGGUUCAUACUUACAUCAUGCCCGGAGGAGGUAGGACACGCAUCACGUGUGCCUUAGUAAUUAACAAUCCACGUUUAACCGCAUAGACAAGGAUUUGUGCAUGAAAAGUGCGGAUCUUCAAGCAGCCAAAACAGCAGCGAUCCCACAUUCAGCUAUCAUGUAAUGAAAGGAUAGUACUAACUUAUGGAUCAGCGAUCUCAGUGGGAUCUCGGCUCAAUAGCUUGAAAUUCACCUGAUCAAACCUAUAGUGGUUUUCACUGUACAUAGGCUACUAUGGAGAGCAGUAUAGGGGGGUUAACUCAGGUUAGUUGCCGUCUUCCAUACCAGUUUACAAUAAUUUAUUGGAGAUUACUAGAAAGUGAUGUGAGAGCACAACAGUAGAUCUACCACAGGCACCAUAUACAUGUAGCUACACUGAAAUUUGAAAGGUUAGGUCAAGAGCCUAACGUAUACAUUGUAUGCCACACAUUCCAUUGUCAUGUGACGUAUGACACAUGUCCUGCCUCCUCUGCAUUGUGCCUGUAGAUACUCACUUCUAUAACUGAGGCCAGCACGUUAUAGUAGUCUGUUUGUAUUUUCUGAGUCUGCCUGCAUGCCAUAAGCGCUGCGUUUACAGCAGGGAUAGCCUUUACACAACAACUUUAUUAUUUUUAAUAGUGGCAGAUCUCUUGAUGUAAAAACGAGCAAAAGCUAAGAAGUUCGAAUUUGCACAUUGGCUGCAUGGCUAGCUAGCUACACGUGGCCUUUAUUUGAGGUACGUAUUUACAGCUAAAGUGAUCUCGUACCAGGAUAAAGUAGAAUUAUGAUUGUGGUUGUUGCUUCUUUGCUUAUCCUGGCCGGCCCCAGCACAUACCAUGUACCAGGAGCCAUAAUUAUUUCUAAAACUCCAGGCUUCUUUGCUGUGAUCCUAGUCCACAGUGCUGCAUGUCAUCAUCUCUUUAUUUCACUCUUUGGAUUUCUAUAGAUCUACAUUAUUCAUGUCAACAGCCGAGGGUUAGCACUUCUUCAGUGCUCUAUAGUUGAUGUAUGAACAAUUAUAUGAUACAUUCGUGAUGCUAGUGGUGUGUUAAUACUCUUAGCAA